CAAUUCAGCCCCGUCUAUUUGUACACUUUUGCUGUCGUUCAUUAUUAUAACAUUCACAUGAAGUACACUGACUGAGAAGGAUCAUAUCACGCUGGAUAUAUUCAGGAACCAAUAACCAUGGCAACCAAUUCCAAGAUAGUACUGGAGAGCAUCUUCAGAUUAGAUCCUGGAGCUGAUCUAACUCAGAAGCAACAAACCGACCUGUCUACAAUGAUGUCACCAAAAUGUCUGGUAGAAGCAUUUCGAGAUACUGAUUUCAUUGGGCUCGGAGACCAAUAUACGGCCUUAAAAAUGGACUCACUGAAGGAAACCUUUCUCCUGCUCAAAGACAACAUUAAACUCUUAGAACAGGUAGCAGAAGUAAUCUUCCGGCACAUGCGUUCAGAAUUACGCAAGGAUGCAAUCGAACCCGAUCUUCUCCGAGUAGUUCCGAUCCUACUCGAGUGUCCAGCCUUCGACAGACCGGAUAAAGAGUGGGGUGAUCGAAUCAUCAGAGAAAUGGCCGAAAUCUUGACACGGAUGCAUAAAGCUACGAAGAGGAACUUCGAAGUGCUUGUUUGUUGGUGGAGUAAGGACUCGGAUCUUUUAGCCAGAGUGGUUAAGGUCUACGUACAGGCAUUCAGGAAUGACCUGAAGGAUUAUCUGGACAACACUGCGUCGAAACCAUGUGAUAACCUAUACUUAGAUGUAUUGGUACUCUUGAGACAGAUCAAUACAUCGCAUGGGUACACGAUUCCCGUGAAUCAGUUUUACAUCCUUCAACCAGGAAAUGAAGAAUUAAACAGGAAGAUCAAGAGGCUUAUUCUUCAGCUUCAUCAUCAGCAUUUGCAACUCCCUCACCUGCGUCUCCUUUCAUUAGCCAACGUGCCAUGGGUACUGGACGUACCUCUGAAGUGGGAAAUGCUGUGUAUGGAGUUCGACUCUGCAUGUCAGAUAGACUUGGAACCAUUUUACCUUCGAUUCGAGAUUGACGACGACAAAAAGAAGGUUGUUGAAUCGGCUAUCUCGGAGCUAAAAGGUAAAGAUGAAACGUCUCUCAUGCUCCCGAUGGAAGUCCAUUUCAAGGAUAACGUGUCUUUGGGUCGAAAUGCUGGUGGUCCCAUGAAGGAAUUCUUUUCCCGACUGUUCGGAGAGCUGUUCAAUGUAAAGAAGCAUUCCAUCUUCAAGAAACUCAACGAUUCUCCUUCGUGUACGACAUUGUGGUUUAACAAGGAUUCUAAGGACCUGGACAAAUUACGAUCAGUCGGGACGCUGUUCGCUCUGAUGUUCUACAAUAAGGUCAUCGUCACAAUGCCGUUUCCAUUUCUUUUCUACAAGAAACUGCUUGGAACUAGCCCAUCCAGUUUGGAAGAUCUGAAACUACUAGAUCCCGGGAUGGCGAAGGGCAUGGAAACAUUGAUAGAGGCGAGUGACUUUGAGCUUUCCGACUACAGAUUUACAGUCGAUGGACCGGUGAACGAACCGGAGAUCGAACUCAAACCAGGAGGCAAAGACGAGGUCGUGACCACGUCAAAUGUUGGAGAGUACAUUGAGCUUUACGCCAGGCACUACACAGCGUCCUCCCAGUUCAAUGUAUUCAGUGAGAGUUUUCGGAGUAUGUUCGGUCGUUUAAGUCUGCACAAACGUUUCGCACCGCAAGAGCUGAUGUCAUUAUUUCAAGGAGGGGAAUAUGAUUGGAAGGCCUUUCAAGAAAGCUUUGGUUAUGAUGAGAAAGGCUACACAGCAAACCAUCGCGUGGUCAAGAUGUUUUGGUCAGUGUUCCAUGGUGAUCUCACUGAGGAUGACAAAAGAGACUUUCUGAGAGUCAUGACAGGUGCUGACCAUGUCCCCAUUGGUGGAAUCCAGGAGGUUAGACCUAGGAUGUGGCCAAUGGGAGGAGACAAAGAUUGUAAGGGGAAACCCCCGAAGGACAUGUGCCCUGAAGUGAAUACAUGUCAUGGUUUUGUCGUGCUCCAUCUCCCGAAGUACAGGAAAAGAGAGCAUCUAAAAGAACGACUCAUGAAGCUAAUAGAGAUGAAAGGGCAUGGAUUUCAUAAAAUACCAGACUGAACCUUUGACUGUCGUAAAGACUUUAACAGUCUCGUAUUCGGACAUUGACUUAUUAUAAAUCAAUAUAUAAUAUCUUAGUUAAAGAAAAAAAUUCAAAACUGGUUAAUGAAUUGUCCUGUUGGGUCAAUGAAUAAAGAAAAAGUUAAGAAAUUGUAUGGAAUCCUAUCUGUCAUACGCGGUGGCACUAAAUUCGGUCACAGCGACAAAUCGACCUAUUUUGGGCCACUGGGAAUAAUGUAAUUGAAAACUUUGUUUUGUUUGGUAUU